AACAAGCAUAUACGAGAGGUUAAAUAAAAUGGUGCCCAGCAGACUAACAGACAAUGGCAGUGACAGUAGCAGUGGCUUUGCGUUGAUGCUCUCCUCCUGCUGCAUGUGGCCUUUGAACCUAUUGUUGUGUCGCGGGUGACGUCAGCGCCGUGUGCGGGAGACGGAGCGGCGUGCGCCUGGCGAGACAAAGGCGGCGGAUCGACCGGGGUCAGGCAGCAGCGGAGAGCAGAGAAUCACUAUUUUUUUUAACUAAAAGGUAACUGCUAACCUUGGAUUUCGGCUACGGUCUCCUUGACGAAGCGGAGAAUGGAGACCUAGUGACACUCCCAGGAAUAUGCUUUGACUCUCCAGACUGAGAAAAAACAACAGUGCUCUCUUUUCGUUUAAAAACGUUUUUCUCCUACGCCCCCCAUUUAGCGUGCUACUUAGCUAACCCGCUAGCUUCUAGCCUUGCACAGCACAGGUCUUCUUCUCCUCCUUCUCCUCCUCCUGCCUGCUUCUUAUCUUUCCCCCAGAAAAACUGGGCGACAAGCGAAGAGAGGAUCUCGUCGACAAAGACAAAGAUAAAAAGAGGGUGAGCUCACUCCCAACAAACAGGCAUCCGUGAUCUGAUGUGAGAUCCACGGAGCGACUAUGCCUAGCCCUUUAUUCCACCCCGAAAUUAUGGACCACGACGUGGUGAUCAGCAGCCAGCACAGCGGGGUCGGUCUCCCCCGUGAGACAGACCAGGAGUCCCGGGAAGAGGACCACCAAGAGGCGCUUCGUUUCGCCCUGGACCAGCUGUCACUCAUGGCCCUUGAGAAGGUGGACUGCGGGGGCGGCAGUGGUAGCGGAGGCGGCGGGCUGGUCGACACGCUGGAUGGGACCCAGGGUCCUGGUUCUGAGAGCUGCAACGGUGUGGGCGGAGGGGGUUAUGUGGAUCUACAGAUGCUGGAACAUGCCAACGGCUCCCGGGACUCGCCGACUUCCUGCUCUCCAUCCCCGGAGUACUACGGCUCGGGCGGGUACCACAUGGCCGGCUCGCACGCCAUGCUCCAUGGGGAACAAAGCUCCGUCCUCUGUAGCAGGAAAAGAAGUGUCAACAUGACUGAAUGUGUGCCUGUCCCCAGCUCCGAACAUGUGGCUGAAAUAGUGGGAAGACAAGGCUGUAAGAUCAAGGCCUUGCGUGCCAAAACAAAUACCUACAUAAAGACUCCGGUCAGAGGCGAGGAGCCAGUGUUCAUCGUGACAGGACGCAGGGAGGAUGUAGAGAUGGCCAAACGUGAAAUUGUCUCUGCAGCUGAACAUUUCUCUAUGAUCCGAGCAUCCCGCUGCAAAGCUGGAGCGCCUGGAGGAGGAGGCUCUCUUCCUGGACCACCACACUUACCAGGACAGACCACCAUACAGGUGAGGGUGCCCUACAGAGUAGUCGGUUUAGUUGUUGGACCAAAGGGAGCAACUAUCAAGCGCAUCCAGCAGCAGACUCAUACCUACAUCGUGACGCCCAGUCGAGAGAAAGACCCGGUGUUCGAGGUGACUGGCAUGCCAGAGAACGUGGAUCGAGCGAGAGAGGAGAUCGAGACCCACAUCACCCUGCGAACUGGAACCUUUGUAGACCUGCAGGGAGACAACGACUUCCACUCCAACGGCACUGAUGUCAGUCUAGAAGGCCUGGGCUCCCUGAGCGGAGGGCUUGGGGCGUCUCUGUGGUCCAGGGCUACGGGCCACCACUCUGCACCCCCACCUCCACCGCCCUCCCCACCUCCUCCUAUUCCCAUGUCCAUGCACCACUCCUCCAACCGGAAGAUGUCUUCCUCAGUCGCCUAUCACACGCACAAUGGCGGUAUGAGCGCAGACAGCUUCAGCACCACCCGUAAGGCCAACGAGGGAGGCAGCCCCACUAGCCCUUUUAGCACAGGCUCCAGCAGUGCUGGAGGAGGAUUCACUUUUGGGGGUGACUCCACCCCAGGGCUACCCUCCUCAGAGGAACUGGGCUUUGAGUUCAGUGCUUCCAACAUCUGGGCACCUUUUGUCAAUGGUGGAACGGGCAAUAAAACAGCCGGCUCCUCCCAGCAGCAGUCACUACGUCGCAACAGCAGUGGCCUCAGCGGUGGCGCCAUCACUCCACGAUUGUCUCCCACUCUGCCUCAGGACACAGGCGUGGGGCCUCUGGAUCAUCCACUAGCCCGUCGUGCCCAGAGCGACCCCCUCAGCACUCUCUCCUGGCUACAGUCUGGCAGUGCAGGAGGUGGCUCUUUCUCCGGAGCGUCUAGCUCCAGCUCCGGCGGCUCGUCAACAGGUUACUCCUCUUGCUCGGCCUCCUCCCUGCCCGGCGGCUCACCCACUGACUCUGAGGGGGGCGGCAGCAGCGUGGGCCUCAGCUCUGGGAUGCUGAGCCGGCUGAAAGGCGGCUCUGGUCCUGGGGUCACGGGUCUGGUUGGCGUCAGCCCGGGGAUCAACAGGGACUGCUUUGUGUGUUUUGAGAGCGAGGUGACAGCAGCCCUGGUGCCUUGUGGUCACAACCUGUUCUGCAUGGAGUGCGCUGGGCAAAUCUGCCAGUCAGCGGAGCCAGAGUGUCCCGUCUGCCACACCCCCACCACACAGUGCAUCCGCAUCUUCUCCUAAUGCCCUGGCAGAGGGUUUGGAGCGCGAGGUGGAUGUGGUGGGUGGUAAGAAGACGACUUGAGUGGGGCACCAGCUGUGGUGGAGGCGAUGGAAGGAUUCACACUAAUAACCUUCACACACACAAUGGACCAUAAUAAAUGCAUUAAUAGAGAUGAUGAUACUAUAUGGAUGUUGAUUUAUUGCUGAUAAAACUGUCAAGGUUAAUAAUAACAAUAAUAAUAAUGACUUAUUUUCAGAGUGAAGUUAAUUGAAACUGAUCUGCAGACAGUUGGGGCUCAGACAGUCUCUCAGUUGUGAACUUAUGGAAGGAAACUAGUGUCUUAUCUCUCUUCAGGCCUUCAUUUUGACCCGGAGCGGCCUGCACUGCUGGCCGCCGGUCUUGUCUCAACAUUUCUUCAUUCUGGCUUCUUCAGAUCUCUGCCUGCUUUCUCUCUCACAGCCUUUCCUUUUGACACUUUUGUACUUAACAGAUAUUUUUUGAUGAACCUGUCAAUAAGGCCUGCACUUUUCUACUCCUUAUUUUAAUGUUCUUGACAGAACUGUUCAAACAAAUCCCUCGCUUUAUCCUCUACUCUCACUCAUGCUGUUGUGACACAAAGCGGCAGGGUGACUAUUUUUCUGUAAGCUUGGGAUUUUUUUCUAAAGGUCGGCAUGUAGUCAGGCACCUAGCGGAACAAUACACCCAAGGGACCUCUUAAUGAUGAAUUCCUGUCUCUCGUUGCCACACGAAAAUUUGCCAUCAGUAUGCCAAAUGAAUGCUAUUAAUAGACGUCUCUUGAUCAAACUCAAUAACAAGUUGGAUGAAUUUGGAUGAGCCUCUGCCACAUUUCAGAUGGGGCUGCUGCAGUGAUUCCCAUUAUUUAUCAUUUAAUAAGUGAGAAAUGCACCAUCAGUGAUCCUGUAGGAAUGUGUCUGUACGUUUGGGCUGCCUGACAAUCCCUUUACAUCUCUCUCUCUCUCUCUCGUGCGCAAGUAUGUUUGUGUGUGAAUAUUGCCCACUGACGCUGUUUGUUACAUUGGCGUCAUCAUGUGUCCUCGCCAUGAGAAGGUUUGUGUCCUGCUGCCCCUUAACUCUCAGUCUUAUAGGGAAGGCGAUGCUCCGAUCCAUCCACCCACACCAGGACAUUUCCCCCUCACGUCUUCUCGUCUGUUACACUUAGAUCGUCUCAUUUAGCGUUUUCUACUAGUUUUUUGACUGCUGACUGUCAAGUGUGUGGCUGACAGACAUAUUUUGAAACUCUAGGAAAAGAUAGGGCUUUUCUGACGUCACACGUGAAUGUUUUGUCCAAUAAGGUUAAAGGAGAGAUGGCUGCUCCUCCUACACGAAACAAUAACAAGGGGCUUGACUUUUGGCCCCUCUAAAAAGGUAAAAAAAAAAAAAAAGAAACAGCUCUUACUGUUUUUUUUUUCUGUUUUGGUCGUUUUGGUCUUCCACCCCACGUUCACAGCAAAGCUGUAUGGCACUCUCUCAGAUGACACACUGUCAUACCCAUGUACCGCUGUACUCCUGGCUCAGUGUAGUGCACUAUACGGUUAGUUGUUUGAGAUUUGUCCGAUGUUUCCUAGCAUUACUGGGUGACUCUCGAUGAGGCGGUUGCAGCCUGUUUUGUGUUAGUGUUUUUGAUUUUUUUUUUUUUUAAAUUCAAUGUGAGUUUGCAGUAACUGCCUCCUUUAGUGUUAAUACUCUACGUAUGAUUUGGGCGAUGUCUGCGCGAUGAUGCGUGGUUGCCGCUGUUGGCCCCUUUUUGAACAUACGCGGAAUCAGCUCAUAGAAUGAGACAAGCCAUGACAACAGAAUUAAAAUGACACAGCUAAUUCUCAAAGGGCUUCCUCUGACUGCACAGGCACACAAUCACAUUUUCAGGCUCACACAGUAGGUAGAGUCAACUUAUCCUUUAUGGCAGCUAGUAGCUAGGUCAUCCAGGGCUUCCAAGCACUCUUUUGUGUUCAAAUCCCAGCAGCUGCAGAAUGUUUUGCUUGUUUGUUUUUGUUUUUUUUUUAAGAAAAAUUCCUAUUGUUUUCUAAUCAUCCCUAUACAGUCAUCACGUGGAUCCUGUUCGUCAGAGUGCAGGGUGUUGCAGUCGUAGAUUGAACAGAUUUAAUAUUAAGGGAAAAAGGGUAACUUGAGUAAACGGGCAGUUGUUGCUGUGCUUUGGUGCUCCAGCCAGUCUAAUGUUAAACUUAUUUGCUGUCUGACUGUUUGUUGGCUACUUAGUUGAUGAGGACAGUUGCUGUUCUGGUUGAGCGCAGCAGUGCACUAAUUCAUGUGUCCACAGGGGCAGGAAAAACCUGCCCAGGAGCUGAACUGGUAGUCUUUGUGAAGACUGUCCCAUGGUGCUUUGGUGCAACUCCCUACUGAAACACGGUGAUGAACGAACCCAGUCGACAACAGGGAGGCCUUUUUUCAGCCCUCCGCUGUGCUGUAGACCUGACGGCUCUGUUCGCACGGUGGUCGAACCCGGCAGCCCAUCCACCCCACCGGGCCUCAGUGUCAAACAUUUCGUCUUGUACUCGUGCAACACUCAGAACAGACGCAGUCCGUCUGAGCGAACAGAUCAGCCGUCACUGUUGUGAGUCUGUUGAGGCCAGUCUUUCAAGCCCUUCAAAGUGUCCCAAGUGGACGUAAAGGAAUAAAAUGUGUUGAUUUGUCAGAGGGGUCUGAUGUAAAUCCCGGAUGUUGCACCGGGAUGUUUCUGGCCAAUGAGAAAAUGUUAGGGUUUAAUGUACAGUAGUUUAAUUGUUUAAAAAAAAAAGGUACAAAUUUUUUUUCAGAUUGACUGCUGAUUUUUUUUUCUUUUUUUCUCUUUAGUCAAACUUACCCCCUUCCCCCAUUUCCUUCCUAAAGGUUUGAAAACAGGGUUUCCUGAGGCAUGCUAGCCAGUGACCUCUGACCUUUUUUGUGAUUAGAGCGGGGGGAUGCAAAGAGAGCCACGCCAGUAAGGGGUGACAGACACCCCUUAAGCCUCAGCUCUCCUACUUUUGCUUUAAUUCUCUUUGUAUGCAGAACCAAAAUGUAAAACGUCAGCAAACUAGGUUUCAGGCCUGACUGCGUGUGUGUAUGUGUGUGUGCGUGUGUGUAUAUACCCUGAAUACAAUCAUUGGGAUCUCAUUUUCAAAAACGAAAUGACUUAAUUGAAGAUAAGUGUAGUUUCUAAAGAACAUGUAUCAUUAUUUGUAAGUUAACCAUCUGCAUGUCUUCAAGCCACCUGGCAUUAGCUAAUAAUUUUUAAGAUUUAAAAACAAAAAAAAACUUUUUACACAUUUUAUUUUUUACAAUUUAUUUGCUUACCUAAAUAUCCCAGACAAUAAUGUGACCCUUUUUAUUACUUCAAAUUUAUUUUUUAUUUUCCAUUUUUUUAUUUUCCUUAUUUCCUGUGUACUACAUAUAGGCAAUUUAUAACAAAAUGAGAAAAUUAUUGAAGAAAUUUUAAAAUUGAAAUAUAUUUUAUUUGAAAGUUUAUGGACCUUUUAACCGUGAGCCAGAAAAAUUGUAUAAUCAUAUAAUUUGAGCUGACUUGACGGUUAUGAGAAAUGUAUCAAGAGUUUUAUUUUUUAUGCUUCUUUAAUAAAGUCUUGUUUUUGGUUUCAUUUUUUUACUGUAAAAUAAGAA